AUGUCUGGGGCGAUAGAUAUUAAGGUUGCCGAGGUACUCCCUGCACAACAUCAAGUCAACUUACGCGUAAAAGUAAUGCAGCAGAUUAUGUUGGGUGUGAUAGAUGACAGAGACGCUAAUGGUGACAGUAAUUCUAAUUUUCAGAAAAAUUUGAAAAUUGCGGAAUUUCUUGUUGCUGAUUCGAGCGGAUGUAUGAUAGUGAAGGCUGUAGGAGAUCACCAAAUACACCUCCUUCAAUCCUCGCUUCCCCCAUCAUCAACAACACUCGCCAUACAUAACGCGCGUGUAGAAAUGUAUCGAGGAUUUAUGCGCAUCGUGGUUGAUCAUAUUGCAAAGGGAGAAAUAAUACCUUUAACUUUUGAUGAUAUUGUUAUUAGAGAUUCUUCAAGUCAUAAUCAACAGAGCAAUAAUAAUAAUAGUAAUGGCACAAUGUCGGGUGUCAAUGGAAAAAGUAUAACGCUAAAUCUCGAAAAUAAUAUGUCAUUAAUAGAGUACCAAUAUGUCCCAACCAAAUAG